AUAAAUUCUUCUCCCCAAGGGCUGCCUCCUGUGUCCUUUCCCAGGAAGAUCUGGAAGUGAGAGGCCAGUUUCUCAAAGUCACCCAGCCCUGAACCCUCCAAACUCCCAUGAUUUUCCUGAGUGCUUUCCUGAUACAUAACAGUAACUCUAAUCCAGCUAGUGUUCUCCUCCCCUCCACUAUAGAGCCUAAAUUGAUGAGUCCACCGAACUGUGUAGAGAGGAGCCAUCUACUUCGCACUCCCAUGAAGUGGGAAGUUGACACUUCCCCAGUGUACCCCCAAAUUUAUGCCUGUCGGAAGACACAUAACCCUCCCUUCCGCUGUAAAAGCUGUGUCCCCAAACUUGCUUCCUGCUCACAGAGUCUCCAUUAUGGUCUCCCAAAAGUCUCCCCCACUCAAAGCAUAAGGGACCCAAAACAAUUUUGGAGCAUCUCUUGACCGAGAAAUUUCAGAUUGUGAAACAAAGCUGUUAUCUUGGCCCUCAGAGAUGUUCUGCUAUCUCUAGGGUUCUUCGUUAUUUUCCUUUCUCUAUUAAAGAUGUGAAAUCUCAGAGUCUUCCAUCACCCUCCAUCCCUGGGAGGGGUAAGAAGGGCACGCCCACCUCUUCCCUGCUCUCUCCUAAGAAAAAGCUGUCACUAAGAGGAGGGGCUGGAACCCAUAAAUUAGGCAGGGGCGGCAGGGAGUUGUAAAACACUGAGCAGAAACCCAUCUUCUCAGUCCCUGACCACGGACUGGUCUGGUUCAUUGGGCAUGGACAGUUUAGGCCACUGGCUGGUUGGAACGACGAGCUCCCUCCAUGGGGCUCUUCACUGGAACUCUCCUGCAGUGGGAGCUGAUAUCCUCCCAGAAUUGCGCUACUUCUUUUCCAUGUGAGAAAACUGGUCGGCUGCAGCUGUCAUACACAUCCCCAAACAGGAGAUGCAAGAACCCCAACAUUCUGCAGCUGCUCCUUCCCCCAGAACUACAUUUCCCAACAGGCCUGAGAUCAAGCCCGCCCGCUGGCGGGUAAACACAGGCCCGGUGGGCCGGGUCCCCAGUGGGGAGACCGAGACCGAACCCAGAGGCAACGGCUAGAGGAUGGCCUGCGAUGCCAGGGGCAGGGCCUAGGGCAGUAGGACGAAGACUCAGGCCAGGUUCAGAUGGACUUGGUCGGGUGGCCCCACUGCCUGCUCCUUCCUUAGCUGGAGAUUGAUUGAUGCCCCAGAACCUUGAAGAGAAGAGCCAAGCCUACCCUCGCCGCCGCCACCCCUCAGGCCAGAAGAGCCCUGAGGUCAGCGUGGCCGCAGCCAUGUACACCUUUCUGCCCGACAACUUCUCGCCCGCCAAGCCCAAGCCAUCCAAAGAGCUGAGGCCGCUGCUGGGCUCCGCCGUGCUGGGGCUCAUACUGGUGCUGGCUGCCGUCGUGGCCUGGUGCUAUUACAGCGCCUCCCUCCGCAAAGCGGAGCGCCUGCGCGCCGAGCUGCUGGACCUCAACCCCGGUGGCUUCUCCAUCCGCAACCAGAAGGGUGAGCAGGUCUUCCGCUUGGCCUUCCGUUCGGGUGCAUUGGACCUCGACUCCUGCAGCCGCGACGGCGCCAUGCUGGGCUGCUCGCGCACCGCAGACGGGCGCCCGCUGCACUUCUUCAUCCAGACCGUGCGGCCCAAGGACACCGUCAUGUGCUACCGAGUGCGCUGGGAGGAAACGGCGCCCGGGCGCGCGGUGGAGCACACCAUGUUCCUGGGCGACGCUGCAGCUCACUGGUAUGGCGGCGCCGAGAUGAGGACGCAGCACUGGCCCAUCCGUCUGGACGGCCAGCAGGAGCCGCAGCCCUUCGUCACCAGCGAUGUCUACUCUUCCGACGCCGCAUUCGGGGGCAUCCUAGAGCGCUACUGGCUAUCGUCGCGCGCUGCUGCCAUCAAAGUCAAUGAUUCAGUACCCUUCCACCUGGGCUGGAACAGCACAGAGCGCUCCCUUCGGCUCCAGGCUCGCUACCAUGACACGCCCUACAAGCCGGCAGCCGGCCACAUCGCAGCACCCGAGCUCAGCUACCGUGUGUGCGUGGGCUCAGAUGUCACCUCCAUCCACAAGUACAUGGUGAGGCGUUACUUCAACAAGCCAUCCAGAGUGCCAGCGCCCGAGGCCUUCCAGCACCCCAUCUGGUCCACGUGGGCGAUAUAUGGGCGCGCUGUGGACCAGGACAAGGUGCUGCGUUUCGCCCAGCAGAUACGCCAGCACCACUUCAACAGCAGCCACCUGGAAAUCGACGACAUGUACACGCCCGCCUAUGGCGACUUCGACUUUGAUGAGGCCAAGUUCCCCAACGCCAGUGACAUGUUCGACCGCCUGCGCGAGGCUGGCUUCUCCGUCACGCUUUGGGUGCACCCGUUUGUCAACUACAACUCCUCUCGCUUUGGCGAGGGCGUGGAGCGCGAGCUGUUCGUGCGAGAGCCCACCGGCCGGCUGCCCGCGCUGGUGCGUUGGUGGAAUGGCAUCGGCGCUGUGCUCGACUUCACGCACCCAGAGGCCCGCGACUGGUUCCAUAGUCACCUGCAGCGGCUACGCUCCCGCUAUGGCGUGGCCUCCUUUAAGUUCGACGCGGGUGAGGUCAGCUACCUGCCGCGGGACUUUAGCACCUACAGGCCCCUACCCGACCCCAGCGUAUGGAGCCGGCGCUACACUGAGAUGGCAUUGCCCUUCUACUCACGGGCCGAGGUCCGAGUGGGCUACCAAUCACAGAACAUCUCAUGCUUCUUCCGCCUCGUGGACCGAGACUCGGUGUGGGGCUACGACUUGGGGUUGCGCUCGCUCAUCCCCGCCGUGCUCACCGUCAGCAUGCUGGGCUAUGCAUUCAUCUUGCCAGAUAUGGUUGGUGGCAACGCGGUGCCCGAGCGUACAGUGGGCGGCCCCAAUGGGCCAGACCGCGAGCUCUAUGUGCGCUGGCUGGAGGUGGCCGCCUUCAUGCCCGCCAUGCAAUUCUCAAUCCCGCCCUGGCAGUACGGCGCUGAAGUGGUGGCCAUCGCGCACAAGUUCGCGGCACUUCGGGCUUCGCUGGUGGCACCGCUAUUGCUGGAGCUUGCUGGUGAGAUCACUGACACUGGCGACCCCAUCGUGCGGCCCCUUUGGUGGAUCGCACCCGGCGACGAGACAGCUCACCGUAUUGACUCUCAGUUCCUUAUCGGAGAUACACUUCUUGUGGCGCCUGUGCUGGAGCCGGGCAAGCAGGAGCGCGACGUCUACCUGCCUGCCGGCAAGUGGCGAAGCUACAAGGGUGAGCUUUUCGACAAGACGCCUGUGCUGCUCACAGAUUACCCAGUCGAUCUAGAUGAAGUCGCUUACUUCACCUGGGUGUCCUGAUCCAGCCCAAGACCGGGAAUCCCACAGCCCAAGCUCCAGCCUUUGUGCAGACCUUAACCCUCCUCACACUCAAACCUUCAUCCCCAGGAAGUCACCACCUUUCUACCACCUAGUACUUGGGUGCUGAUUUAGGAGUGCUGGAGCCAACUGCUGUGGGUGGGACCUAGGGAGGGGACUUUGAAGCAACCUCUGGCUCCAGUGCACAACCCUAACAGUCCCCUUUCCUCCCACACUCACUCCAGUCUGCAGAAACCUCUUUUCUAUGGUGGAGGCAGAGACCUCAGAGGAGAGGUUGGUUUUCUGUCUGUUACACGUGGUCUGGUUUUAAAAGCACAAGAAGAGGGGAUUUAGUGCAAGGUCCUGAGUUCCAUCCCUGAUACCAACAAAAACAGCAACAACAAGCACAACGAGAAACAUCUUCCCUCCAUCCUAGCCUUCACAGCCAUCUUUGUCCUUCCAAGGUGGGGACUCAGUCCUCUUCAAAAGUCCCAAAAUAGUCCCUGCUACACUUAGAAAUCGUUCAUUCUUGGUGUUAGAAGCCAGGCUCUGAGUUCUCAGCAGAUGCCUGAACCGUGGCUGACCUGGUCCCACUCGAGCUGAGGAAAUGGCCAACUGACAAGGAGGCAAGGGCUCCCCUGGGGGAGUAGGAGCAUCACUGUUGUCCCUAUUUGUGAAGAGACUCCUAACACUGCACUAACCCAUCUGUGUACAUGGGCACAGCCAUGGGCCUGAUGUGCCUGAUGGGCACAGACUUGUAGGGCCGUGCAGGCCAGACUUGAUGCCUUAACUCCAGAAUGUGUGUGUGUGUGUGUGUGUGUGUGUGUGUGUGUGUGUGAAAGGGGGAGAAUGGCACACACCAUGGGUCCUGAAUUUCUAUAGAAUAAGCGCAAGAUCAGCCUGGAAGGAGGGGGACAGGGACAAAUUCCAGUCUUUGAUUGUUGAGCUGGCCCUUGCCCAGGUAGUUUCCCCGGGACUCUGAUAGGAAAUAAACAGCUCUUUCAAGAUUCCUUGGCUCUGCACACGUGGCAGGGGUGUGAUCUAAAUGUGAGUAAUGUUCUUAUUCUGGCAGUGGUGUGUUUUGGCUACACACACACUAACAUCUGCCAAUACAUAUACAGGGUAAGUAAGGUCCUUCAUCUCAGCCAUUUUCCUUAAAAUCAGCCUUAGCCAGAGUGAGUUUUCCCUGACUUUGCAGUGGAGUCAAAGAGAGGAGUGGCUUGCCAGAUUGAGGAAGUGGGAAACAGGGUGGAGCUCAGCUUCUCUCAACAGCUCUGACAAGUGCUCUACUACCUAAAGAAUGCUUCCCCUUGCCCACUUCUCCUACCCCCUUUAUAUUCUCAGUGUGAGAAAUGCCUGAUGAAAGCCUUAGGGCUCUUAGAGAUGCCUAUCUCUAGAGCCAAUUCAGCUAUGUGACCGUGAACAAGCUGCUUAACUUAGCAGAGCCUCAGUUUCCUUAUAUGUAUAAAGACUACCUCCAAAAUCAUCAUGCGAAUUUUAAGCACAGAUGUAUGUAAAGUGCCUGGCACAAAGUAGGUGCUCAAUAAAAGGUAACUGUUAUAAUAC